CUUCCUUUGCAUUUAUUCCCAAGCAUCAACCUUUCGAAUCUCUGUCGAUACUAAGCUAGUAAUCUUAGCUCUUAUCGAUCUGCUGCAAAGGAGGUUUGACUGAUUGUUUUUGAAUCCUUUAAUUCAUCUUUUCGUUAAUUUUUUUCUAAUUUGAAAUCUUUGAAGCUCCAUAUUUGUCGAAUCUACCUGCGAAUUCAGGCUAUUGUUCAUCAGGGGAUCAUAUUGUUUGUGAUUCAAAAGAAGUGAGAUUUUAUCAGAAAAUCUGUUAAUGGGAACUGAAGAGACAAAGGACCCCCUGAAAGGGGUUGAUUGGAAAGCAAUUGGUAGUGAGCUGCAGAAGGACCCUAGUGCUGGUGCUAAAUCAGCUGUAAAGAAGCGGCUUCCAAAGAAGAUUAGGCAAAUUCCUGAUUGUUAUUUCCUUCCUCGGAUGUCCGUUCCUUCUGCCAUUGCCUUCUAUGGAGCGUGUAUUGCCGGCGGCAUUGGUGCUGGAAUGCUACUCGAGGUCUGGAUAAACAAGAAAAUUAAAGAGGACGGAGGUGUAAUAUGGGAAUUUGACAAAUAAUGCUUAAUAUCAUUAGAAGAGAUACUCAUCUUCCCCAUGGUGAGUUGGAACACGGCAGUCAUUUUUGCCCGAAUGUUGAUAUGCAAACAGGGUUACUUAUCUAUU